CCUGGUCUUUUUCCUCUCCAGGUUCCCAAGAUGCUACUUUACUCUUCUCUUUGUUUCUGCGUUCUCAUUUCCAUUUCAUCAUCUUUAACCAAGGAUGAGCUCUUAUCAAAAAUUGCCAAUAAACAUAUGCUGACAAGCAAGGACACUGCUUCCCUGAUUAAUGCUGGAAAAAACGUUUAUGAAGAAUACAUUGCAAGGGACUGCAGAGCAGCUCAUCUCCGUGGCAGGAAGCAAAGCGGCCUGUAUGUCAUCCGUCCCAAAUACUCUCCCUUGCUGGCGGUCUACUGUGACAUGGAGUAUGAUGGGGGCGGCUGGACAGUCCUGCACAGAAACAAUGUCAACUCAAAGACAACCUGGUCAAACCCAUGGCAGUCUUAUAAGCAUGGCUUUGGGGACCUGCAGGGAAACCACUGGCUCGGCAAUGAAUACAUGCACCUUACCAACCAGAACGCCUUCUCUGUACGAUUUGUCAUAACUGAUAGUCAAGGGCAAACCAAGUAUGCUGAAUACCAGAGUUUUAAAGUGGAUGAUGAAGACAGUGGUUAUGCUUUGAGGCUAGGGAACUAUACAGGGGAUGCUGGGGAUUCACUGACCACUAUAGGUGAAUGGGGAACCCAUGACAACAUGAGGUUUUCUACCAAAGACAAGGAUAAUGACCGGAGGGCCAGUACAAACUGUGCACUAGAUAAUGGUGGUGGCUGGUGGUACGAUAACUGUUACUCAGCCCUCCUAACAGGUGACAUUCGCUGGAGGGGGUUGUGCUCAGAGGCCAUGCCCUGUACAUCAGCAUACAUCAUGAUUCGACCCAAUGGAAAAAUUGCAACAUACCUCCAAGAUAUUAAUGAAUCGUUUCCUACCACUAUAAGAGGCUUCCUCUUGUUUUAGAUCAGCUCCAAAAACCAACCACCAAUAUGUAGUUUUUAUAA